AUGUUCGACAUCUUGCCCAACCUCCUCUCCUCUAUCGCCUCCUUCCUCUUCCCCGUCUAUGCCAGUUACAAAGCUCUCAAGAGCUCCGAUCCGGCCCAGUUGACACCAUGGCUGAUGUACUGGGUCGUCAUCUCUUUCAUUGUCCUCGUUGAGUCGUGGAUUGGUUGGUUCCUCGUCUGGAUCCCCUUCUACGCCUUCGCCCGCUUCGUCUUCCUCCUCUAUCUCGUCCUUCCCCAAACCCAGGGCGCCCGCAUCAUCUACCAAACCUACGUCGACCCCUGGCUAGAGGCGAACGAGGGCCAGAUCGAGGACUUCAUCGCCUCGGCGCACGAGCGUCUCAAGGCCGCCGGCCUCGCCUACCUCAAGCAAGCCAUCGAAUACGUCAAGACCCAAGUCCUCGGCAUGCCUCCUUCGCCGCCCGAGGCCGCCUCAGCCUCCUAUGGUGCCAGCAGCUCCCAGACUUCUGCGCAGUCCUACACCCAAUCGCUCCUCGCCCGGUUUAACCUGCCGGCUGCUCGCCCGGGUGGUGCUAACAACGCCGCGGGCGGCGCCCUCGGCACUGACUUUUACAGCUUCCUGUCUUCGGCCGUCAGCGCCGCCAGCAACGCUUACUCCAGCAAGGGAUCCGGAUCCGGCGGAAACCAGUACGACCGCGACGUAACCCCCACCCCAGGCACCGGAGCCGGAGCCGGAGGUGCCUCGAGCCUUAUCCCCGAUAGCAUCCGUGGCGUGGGCGCCCGCAUGUCCUUCAUCGAAGCCCAGCGCGAGCGUCUUAACACUGUCCUCAACGCGCUGGACCGCGAGGCUUCGCAACUGAACAACCAGCAGCAGACCGGUGGUGGUGGUGUCAGGGGUGUGCCGGGCUUGAGCUUCGACGGCGCCGAUGUUGGACUCACUUCGGGCAUUGGUGGUGGCAACCCUUGGCAAAGCUCCAACUCCCGCAGCGGCGGCGGCGGUAGGGACUCGCGCUCUAUGAGCGAGCACAGCAGUGUGAGUGGGGGCGGGCUUAGCCGCAACCGGUCCGAGGCGGACUUUGAGAAGCUCGAAGCCGAGAGCGGAGAGGAGGAGAUUAUGGAUGAGAAUGGCAGGAGGGUGAGGCAUAGGCCGGCGCCGAAUACUCAGGGAAGCAACGGUUGGUUUGGUUGGGGCAGCGGCGGUGGUGGUGGAGAUGGUACCGCUGCUAAGAGCACUGGGGUUGAGAAGUAG